AGAACAGAGCUCCCUCUGCCCGUGACCCCAGAGGAACUAUAAAGACACUCUCUGUUCCAAAGUACAGAACAGUGCUUGAGUACUUAUAGCGGCACAGGAAAGCCAGACAGUGAGUCUUCUGUGUACUGUAUCUGUGAGAGCCUAAAGCAUGACUUCCUCUGAAAGGAAUCUUUCUGCUCUUCCCUGGUAAAUCCCAUCCGCUUGCUACCGGAACUCACCAGCCCUACAGCACAUCGGUGGACACCUGAAAAAGGGACCUUUGCAUUCAGGUAAAUACAGCAAGAGAACAUGGCCAAACGAGUUGCAGUCGUGGGAGCCGGGGUCAGCGGCCUGGCCUCCAUCAAGUGCUGCUUGGAGGAGGGCCUGCAGCCCACCUGCUUUGAGAGGAGCGACGACCUCGGGGGUCUGUGGAGAUUCACCGAGCAUGUUGAAGAAGGAAGAGCCAGUCUCUACAAGUCUGUGGUGUCCAACAGCAGCAAAGAGAUGUCUUGCUACUCAGAUUUUCCAUUCCCAGAAGAUUAUCCAAACUUUGUGCCCAAUGAUCUGUUCUUAGAAUAUCUCAGACUGUAUGCAAAGCAGUUCAACCUUCUGAAAUGCAUCCAAUUCAAGACUAAAGUCUGCAGUGUAACAAAGCGCCCAGAUUUUGAUGUCACUGGCCAGUGGGAAGUGGUCACUCUGCAUGAAGGAAAGCAAAACUCAGCCAUCUUUGAUGCUGUCAUGGUUUGCACUGGUUUUCUCACUAACCCGCAUUUGCCACUGAGUUCCUUCCCAGGUAUAAAUACCUUUAAAGGCCAGUACUUUCACAGCCGAGAAUAUAAACAUCCAGACAUAUUUAAGGACAAGAGAGUGCUUGUGGUUGGCUUGGGGAAUUCUGGCGCUGACAUCGCUGUGGAGGCCAGCCACCUGGCGAAAAAGGUGUUCCUCAGCACCACCGGAGGUUCAUGGGUGAUCAGCCGAAUCUUUGAUUCAGGGUACCCAUGGGACAUGGUGUUCAUGACCCGAUUUCAAAAUGCUUUCAGAAAUUUUCUCCCAACUCCAAUUGUGUCUUGGUUAAUAGCAAAAAAGAUGAACAGCUGGUUCAACCAUUCAAAUUAUGGUUUAACACCUCAAGACAAGACUCAGGUGAAAGAACUUGUGCUAAAUGACGAGCUCCUGGGCCGUCUGAUCACUGGAAAAGUGUUGAUCAAGCCAAGCAUUAAGGAAGUGAAGGAAAAGUCCGUUAUAUUUAACAACACCCCAAAGGAAGAACCUAUUGAUGUCAUUGUCUUUGCCACCGGAUACACCUUUGCUUUCCCUUUCCUUGAUGAGUCUGUGGUGAAGGUUGAAGACGGCCAGGCAUCAUUGUACAAGUAUGUCUUUCCUGCACAUCUGCAGAAACCAACCCUGGCUGUUAUUGGCCUCAUCAAGCCCUUGGGCUCCAUGAUACCUACAGGAGAAACGCAAGCUCGCUGGGUUGUUCAAGUCCUCAAAGGUGUUAGCAUAUUGCCACCACCAAGUGUCAUGAUAAAAGAAGUUAAUGAAAGGAAAAAAAAUAAGCACAGUGGGUAUGGCUUACACUACUGCAAGGCUUUACAAUCAGAUUAUAUCGUAUACAUAGACGAACUCCUGACCUCUAUCAACGCAAAACCCAAUCUGUUCUCAAUGCUGCUGACCGACCCACAUCUGGUUUGGACCAUUUUCUUUGGCCCCUGCUCACCGUACCAGUUCCGCUUGACUGGCACAGGAAAGUGGGAAGGAGCCCGAAAGGCCAUCAUGUCGCAGUGGGACCGAACAUUCAAGGUCACCAAGACCAGAACUGUUCAAGAAUCCCCACUUCUCUUUGAAAGUUUGCUUAAAUGGCUGAGCUUUCUUAUUUUGCUUGUGGCUGUCCUCCUGAUUUUCUUAUAAGAAAUCUGCUAACUGCCUUUGCAGAUGCACAGAGCACACGCCGCAUUCUGACUCCUCUGCUAGAACAGCAUUGCUUUCAAGGUAUGAGCUGUGUCCAAUAGCAAAGGCCCCCCAUUAAUCCUGAAGAAAUCUCUGGGAUUCCUUGAGCCUCUCCCAGCUGCAUUAUGUCUAAUCCCAGAGGAUGAUAACUAAGAUUUCUGUGCACUUAAAGACUGUUCUAUGUAGCACUAUGAGCAUUCACACCUCUUUCUCAUAAAAACUAUUUUAAAGAUUUCAACU